AUGAAGAUCCUUAGUCACAAUAUUACAAAUAAUGGAACGACGAUUUUGGGAAUGAACUUGAGGGAGUUGGACAGAAUGGUUAUUCAAACUAAUUGUUGUCAACUAAUCAAACUCUCCAUCUGCUCCAAGAGAAUCUCCACUCAAAUCAAUAGUGCUCGUUUGUACUCUCAGAAAGUUGUAGUCGUUCUGAACUUAAGAAAACAAAUCAGUGUUCUCUCUAGAAAUGACAAAGAUAAUUGUGAAAUCUUCACGUAUCCAGAUUCCGGGAAAAGACACAAUUCAAAUGCUCAACAAGUUUCUAUCGCAUGUUGUACUGUAAAUGCUGUUUCUAUCCCAAUAGGAAUCAAAACAUUCUGGAAGAAUCAAGAAGAAGGAUUUCUAUCUGUCAUUCGACAUCUAUUGAAAAUGUUUCAAUGCAAGAUAUCAACAGGACAGUAUUGUUGGAGACAAGAAUCAUUCCAACCGAUACUAACUGAAUUGUUUGAUCUACAACAGGAAUUUGGGACUAUCACUGUUGGUCUGCACGAGACGGUAGAUCAUAAGUGGCUGAAUCACAUCUUCAGUUAUUUGGGAUUGGUUGAAAGACUAGAAAUUUUAUCUACGAACUUUCUCCCUCCCUCCACUUUCAUUCCAACCUUCCCUCCAUGGCCAAGACGGAGAAUUAUCAUCGAGUCAAACUCAUCCUGGCUCACUCUUGACAUUCUCUUCACCUGCACAUGCUCUUAUAUUGAUAUCGCAAAAACUAAUCUGGAAAACAAGGAGUUAGAUGAUAUACUCACACAUUGGAAAGCUGGAGGGUUACCUAAUCUGAAAUACCUAGAAAUCGGUAGUACCAAAUUCAAACGGAAUGGAGAUCCUAUUCUAGAAAUGGUUCCGAAUGAAUGGGAAGGCCAACUCACGAUUCGAACCGAUGAUGGAUCAAAGACUGCUAAGGUUCACCUUCGGGGAAACUAUCUCGUAAUGUAUACACUACUGAUUGAUCUAAACUUUUGA